AUGCUACUAAUAUGCUCGUCAGAAGCAGGGACUAAAGAACAAUUUCCGGCUCUUCGUUCAACUAAGGUGGAAGCAGCCAAGAUUGUAUCAUAUUCUCCAUGCGCGAGCUAUGUCUCCCUCAAUCCAGAGGGCUCGCACCCGAACGUUCCUAUGCCGAAGGAGGCACUUCCAUCCUCUUCAGGCUAUCUUCCCGUCAGCGCGUCCACUCCUGAGUCUCGAAUGUUCUAUACAUACUACGAGGAGACGGAACCGUUGAGAUCUCUUUCAAAGACCCCGCUUCUUCUUUGGCUUAACGGUGGUCCAGGUUGUUCAAGUAUGAUAGGCAAUUUCUAUGAGAUUGGUCCCUGGAAUGUCGCUAUAACAGAAGAUGAUAUUGACAGCCUUCGCCUGAAAAAAAAUCCAUGGGCUUGGAACAGAAGAUACGGCCUGCUAUUUAUUGAUAAUCCGAUUGGCACAGGGUUCAGUGUCGCGGGAAGCAUCGAGGACAUCCCUCAAGACCAGCCUACAGUGGCAAAGCACCUCUAUAAUGCCCUAUCAGCAUUCUUUGACAUGCAUCCGAGCUUGUGUGGCCGUCCAUUCUUUGUUACGGGGGAGUCAUAUGCUGGGAAGUAUGUGCCUGAGCUCAGCUGCUUGUUGAUGCAGCAGCAGCAGCGAGACCAGGGCCUUCCAGUGGAGUUAGCAGGAAUCGUUGUCGGGAACGGUUUCACACACCCUCGGAUACAGGUUCAAGUUCAUGAGCAUGUUGCUAAGGCCUUCAACAUGCUCACUGACCGCCAGGCAGACUACGUGAAGGAAGAGGCCAAAAGAGUGGUUCAACUCAUUGACAGGGAAGAAUGGGAAGAGGCUCAUUAUGCACGCACCGCACUGUGUGAGUGGAUAGAGCACAAAGCAGGAACCCCAACGUUGCUGGAUAUUCGGCGGCAUGCCAAGUACCACGCGACACAGGGUGGAGUGGAGUACCUUUCACUGUUUCUUAAUCAACCUCAUGUCAAGGAAGCACUUCACGCUGAACCAAGAAUUAACUGGGCCAGUUGCCGGCCACACAUUCGACGCCACCUUGCUCAGGGCCUGUUUGAUGCUAAGGAUGGCCCUACCAGCUCUGAAGCGUGGAUGCGCACUCUGUCCUGGAGUGAUGCAGACAGAUUCUGGGAUGCCGAGCGAGUGGUGUGGCUUGUAUGUGGAAGGAGAGAAGGAUAUUGGAGGCAGUGGAAGAAUUUUACUCGUUUGAUUGUGACCGGUGCUGGACACCAAGUGCCUGCUGACCAACCUGAGGCUGCAGCAGCUAUGAUCGAGACAUGGGUGGAGCAACACAUCUCACUGGGAAGGCCAAUCUCAGAGGUGCAUAUCGAUCAGCCCUUAGCUGUGGGGAUUUAG